GUGGCGCUCUGGUCCGUGAGGCGGCCAGCUCGGCCCCGCGUGUUUGGGGUCCCGCAUGGCGUCGGCCCCGUCGGGGCUCGGGGCCCGCCCCCUGCUGCAGUUUCUGCGGCUGGUGGGGCAGCUCAAGAGAGUCCCACGGACCGGUUGGGUAUACAGAAAUGUGAAAAAUCCAGAGAGUGUAUCGGAUCACAUGUACCGGAUGGCAAUUAUGGCCAUGGUCACCAAAGAUAACCACCUUAACAAAGAUAGGUGUAUGCGCCUAGCCCUCGUUCACGAUAUGGCAGAGUGCAUCGUUGGGGACAUAGCACCAGCAGAUAACAUCCCCAAAGAAGAAAAACAUAGACGAGAAGAGGAAGCUAUGAAACAGAUAACCCAGCUUCUACCAGAGGACCUCAGAAAGGAGCUCUAUGAACUUUGGGAAUUCUUGUAUUCUUUUAUACUGAAUUUUGAAUCUGUUCCAAGGACUUUCUCAUCCUGUGGGUCCCUGACCUGGAUGGUUGCCCCAGGAGGUCAGACUAGACUGGACUGUGUUCGCCCUGAGCUCGUCCACUACAGGCAUGGACAGGAUCUCUCCCAGGAUGCUUAGUGAACACCUAUUGGCUAUUUGAGGCUCUCCUGGUGUCAGUCAGUCAUCCAGACAUGCUCUCACUCUUCUAUGUUUUCUGCCAGACAUAUGCUGAUCUCAUGUUUGCCUUGGGGCUGUGGGUGUUUUUAUACACUUGCAUAUGGUAUGGAGUUCGUGGGGAUGUCAUGCCCCUAGUGUCAUUGUAAAGGGUAUUCAUGGGAUUUUGAUUUUCCUAUUUGACUCUGUCAGUUUUUUUUCCAUUUCUUUGUCUCCCUACUUAUCAUCCAUAUAUAGUUACCCAGGCUAUAAACUAGGAAGUCAUUUUCAACUUUCCCUCUUAUUCCUUUUUUUUACUUUUGUUGACUUCAUCCUUAACAGUUUUAAGUCUUCCCACUUCUCCCUCAUCUUCAUGGCCAUGACUGCAGAACAGACAUGUCUGCGAGUGUUGCAAACUACGGGCCUUGCAGGUACUGGCCCUUGCCUAUGAGAGCCUUUUUUUCUCAGCCUUUUUCUUCUCUCUCUUUCUUCAAUAUUCAGUCUAUCCUUAGAAAUUACUGGUGGUAAUUUCGCCAAAUGUCUGUGUCCUCAUUGGAAAAUAAAAUUAGAGAAUACCACCUUUUUUAAAAAGGGAAAAAAAUCUAAAAACUUGUAUUUCUUCUUGAAAAUUUUACAAAUUUAUUAGUUUGCUAUAAAAUAUGUUGUAUUUCCUAAUAGUCUUGAAGUAUUUUUCUCAUUUUCAGCUUUCAGUAGAAACAAACUCUUUAGAUUGCUUUUCAUGGAGGUUCUCCUUGACUAAAUCAUGAAUUUGAAUUUAGUCAACACUAUCGUGACUGAGAUGAGUACUUAAAUAAAAUGUUGUUGUUUUUUAAGUGCCUUUGAGAUAAAGCAAAAUAUAUAUUAAGUUUCUUAUUGAAAUGA